GAGUCGGCCCUGGCCGGCACCAUGGACGAGGGCUCGCUGCGGAGGGAGCUGCCGAGGAAGGGCACGGCGAUCGGCAGCCUAGGCUUCUCGGCGCCUGGCUCGCCGCUCGGGGCCUCCGAGGCUGCAGCGGCCAGGGCGACCGCCAAGGUGUCCUCCGAGUUCGCCACGGGAGAGAGCGCCAGGUUCCGGGGAGGGGUCGCCGCUGCGGCUGGCCAGGGAGAGCUCCAGGCCGAGGCUCGGCGGCAAGCCCGACCACGAGAUCGCUGCAGAGGAGCCGCCGGGCGCGGGCGGGCCUCGCGCUGCGCCGGCGCAGGAGCCGCCGCAGCAGCAGUGCGGGCCACGUCGGCCGGCGCUCCAGCAGCCGCGGCGGCCGCAGCAUCGGCU